AACCCGGCGGAGACCGGUCUCGGUGAUCCUGGCCUUCUCUGCCUGGACCAUGGAGCCGUGUCUGCGCUCUCUCUUUUUGUUGGGGACCCUGGCCCUGCCGGAGACCUGGGCAGGCUCUCACUCCAUGAGGUAUUUCUACACCGCCAUGGCCUCGCCCGAGCUCCCGGAGCCGCGGUUCCUCGUCGUGGGCUACGUGGACGAUCAGCAGUUCGUGCGCUUCGACAGCGCCCGCGCAAAUCCGAGGAUGGAGCCCCGGGCGGCGUGGAUGGAGCGGAUGGACCGGGAGGACCCGGGCUACUGGGAGGGGCAGACCCGGAUCUGCAGGGCGCACACAGAGAGGUCCCGAGCGGACCUGAAGACCCUGCGCCGCUACUUCAACCAGAGCGAGGGCGGGGUCCACACCCUCCAGGCCAUGUCCUGCUGCGAGGUCUCCCCCGAGCUCACCUUCCAGCGUGGGUAUCUACAAGACGCCUACGACGGGCAGGACUACCUGACCCUGGACUUGGAGACCUCCACGUUGAUUGCGGCGGUGCCGCAGGCUCUGAACACCAAGCGCAAGUGGGAGGCGGACAGGAGCUUCGUGGAGGAACUGAAAGCCUACGUGGAGGUGGAGUGCGUGAUGUGGCUGAGGAAGUACCUGGAGAUGGGGAAGGAGACGCUGCAGAGAGCAGAUCCGCCCUCCACCCGAGUGACCCGCCACACUGGCACCGAUGGGGAGGUGACCCUGCGGUGCCGGGCCCAGGACUUCUACCCCGCGGACAUCUCCCUGACCUGGCUGCGGGAUGGGGAGGAGCAGCUCCAAGACACGGAGUUCAUUGAGACCAGGCCCGCGGGGGACGGGACCUUCCAGAAGUGGGCAGGUGUGGACGUGACCUCGGGCCAGGAAGGGAAGUAUACCUGCCGAGUUCAGCACGAGGGACUGCCUGAGCCCCUCAGCCUGAAGUGGGAGUCAGAGUCCUCAUCCCCCUGGUUCAUUGUGGGGGUCAUUGCUCUCCUCCUCCUCCUCCUCAUUGCAGUCAUUGCUGGAGCUGUGAUCUGGCAGAGGAAGAAUUCAGGUAGAAGAGGAGAGAAUUAUGUUCAGGGCUGCAGGCAAUGACAGUGCACAGGGGUCAGAUGUCUCUCUCCCAGCCAAAGAGAAUUGCCUGGUGUGGGCCUGAGGAAGAAAACCAGUCUCCAGUCCCUGUGUUGUUUCUCUGGACCCCUGGCUUCUCUCCCCAGCAUGGCCCCUGGGAUCCUCCCGGAACUCUACUGAGCUUAAAGGGAGUGGAGCCAUCUUCUUCUUUGAGCCUGAAACUUCCUCUGGAGGGUUGUACAUGGAGAACUUGUCUUUUCUCACAAGACUUCCUGUCCCCACGUGGCUUACAAGGAGCAGGACAAAAGUACUGCUUUUAUAUCUCUGAUGAAUAAUUUUUUCACCGAAAUAUGAAACAUCUCUUAUAGAACUGGGGUUGCUUUUCUGGCCCUGGUCUCCAAACUCUGUGACCCCCAGAGUCCAGUUUUCCAAAUCCCCCUCUUAACCAUUACAGGUGUUCAUAAGCAGGAGGGGCUGCUCCAGGAGGCCCAGCCUUGGAGGAACUGAGUGGUGAACCCUUGUGGGCUUUGUUAGAGUGUUGACUCCAUGCAGGGGUAGGUUUGACCAGAGGGCUCAAAUGCACAGCCUGCUGCCUGGCUACAGUGUGGUGGAAUGCUUUGGAACCAUAUUAAAGUGUCUUUGGGAAAUAUUUAACAAAGGCAUAAAAAUUUAAUAAAGCAGAUAACAUUUCAUUUUAAACUCA